UAUAUCAUAUCGAGUAUCAGAAAUAACCAAUCACUUGCAUUUUUUCGUUUUCUAAAUGCGCGAUAUAUAUAUUUUCGUCGUUGAUCAGUGUUUAAAUGAUUUAGGUUAUAAGCGUAUUGAUGUAUGUAUGUUUCAAACACGCACUAGGCAAAGAAAAAUAAAAACAAGUGAAAAAAAAUAUUGUUCUAUUCAAAUUAUAUAUAAAAAUGAAUAAUCCGAAGAAAAGAAAAGCUGCAGAAACAAAAAAUAUUAAGCAAAAGACUAAUAACAGUAAAGUAACAAAUAGUGAAACAAUAACAAUAAAUCAGGAAAACCCGAAAUUAAAUACAAAGUGGACUAAUAGUGAUAAAAAAAUAUUAUUAGAAGGUUUAAAAAAAUAUGGAUCUGAAAAUAUUGAAGCUAUAUCAAAAAUGUUACCAAAUAUAACUUUUGAAGAUAUUGAAUGGAAAAUUGCUGAAUAUUCUGAAAUGGCAGAAUAUUUGUAUGAACAUAAAUUAAUAAACAACUGGAUAAGUUGUGGACUGUUUGAAUCUGGAGAUAGCCUUGUACCAGAAGCAUUAUUAUUUAUACAUCUAUUUGAAAAGCAUCCAUCUCCCUCUGAAACAGAAGGUUUUGAUUUUAGAGCAAUAUAUAGCUUCCUUUAUCGAUCAUGUCUGGAGCCAGUAUCAUAUUUUGAUUUAUCACCAAAAGAUAGAGAUUUGCUAUGUAUUUUGCUAUCAAGAUUAGAACACAAGAUAUGGCCAAAACAGCAAAAAGAUAUUUGGGAAUAUGUUGGUAACACAUACAAUAAAAGAUAUAUAAAGAAAGUAUAUCCAGGAAAAAAAUUUCCAGGACAACUUUUGUAAUAUUAUAAUUAUGGCUCUUUUAUACAUUCAUAUGUACUAUGUAUUUUGUUUGAAUAUAUCUUCUGCUGUGAUAGAAAAUUAUUUUCUUUAUUUAUAUAUCAUGAAUGAAUACACAUUUCUGUCUAAUAAAAUAACUUCUAUUUUAUGUAACAGAUCUUAUAUUAAAGGUUACCUUAUGUAAAUUGUAUAAAAUGAUAGAAAUAAAUUUAUUUUGAGAAAUA